AUGUUGCGCUGGUACCAGUCCAAGUUGGCAAAGAGGCCCAUCCUCACCGCAAGCAUCACCAGCGCAUUCCUAUUCGGCAGUGGUGAUGUUCUAGCACAGCAAGCUGUUGACCGGAAAGGUCUCCAGAAACACGACUUCGCCCGCACUGGACGAAUGGCUCUUUACGGUGGAGCUGUUUUCGGUCCAGUUGCCACUACCUGGUUCGGCAUUCUCCAACGUCAUGUCGUUCUUAAGGGCACCGCGUCCACCACCGCCGCUCGUGUUGCUGCCGACCAAAUCUUCUUUGCUCCGGUCCAGCUCACCUGUUUCCUGUCCUCGAUGGCAAUCAUGGAAGGCGUUGAUCCUGUUGAAAGGUGGAAUACUGCCUUUGUUCCCGCCUACAAGGCCAACCUGAUGGUCUGGCCGUUUGUACAGGGUGUCAAUUUUACAUUCGUCCCGCUAGAAUUGCGCCUGUUGUUUGUCAACGUUAUCAGUUUGGGCUGGAACUGCUUCCUUAGCUUGAUGAACAGUGGUGAGGAGUUAGAAUUACAAGCUGUGAUUUGA